AUGAUGUUUGCGUUAUGCGAUAGUGGUUAUUCAAGUCCUGUGUAUUAUUCUAGUCUCAAUUCUUCCACUGUCCACUAUUUGGAGGUUGAGUCACCGAAUACUGCAAUUGCAAAAGCCGCAAAACAUUCACCAUAUGUGGGUUGUCGCCGUCUCCUGUUCCGAGCAUCUCCAAUAGUGGUCACUAAAGUUGACGCAGCAACACAGACGUCUUCUGGUUACGAGGAGUCGUCAAAAUCUAUAGCCAGAAGACUUCGGCUGUUGGCGAACGAAUUUGACACACAGUAUUUUGCCUGUAAAGUAUGUAUUUUUACUUGGUAA